AUGCGAAUUUCAAGAAAGCAGUUCUACGAGUCAUCGAAUGUUGCCAUGACUGAUUUACAUGACGAAAAAGAUGAGAUUGAAGUUUAUCUUUUAUUCAAAGCUCUACAUCAAAAUUCUUAUUUUCCCGAUCGACAUAUCACCCAUCAUGUCUUAUUACUCAAAUCAUGGCGUGAUAAUGAAUUCUAUUAUACAGACUUAGACUCAUCUAAUUUUGGAUUCGGAACGAUCAAAAUUAUCUUUGGUCCUUACAAAUUUUAUCCACAAAAAACUAUUUACUAUCAACCACUCGGCAUUUGUCGGAAAAGAACUAUAGAACAAAUCAAACUGUUCGCCGAACAAAGUAAUCUGAACGGACAAUAA